GAGAAUAUAUACAGACAGACUAUAGACUCUCUGUAGAACUGAUAAUUGUCGACAUUUUCUCUGCAAUCGAGGCGCCAUUACUGACGACGACUCGACUUUCAGGUACAGAGGUUCGUAGACAGACAGACAAACAUUUCUCUGGUUUAGGACUCGGACCGGUAGAGGAAUAAUGGGUAAGCCGAGCGGAAAAAAGAACAAGCAGGUGGUGGUGGUGGUGGAUAGUCACAGUACGAAGCAGGGGGGGAAGGCUGCUGCUGACAGAACUAACAAAGCGUUCGAUGAAGAUACAGCAGUCUUCAUUAACAUGUCUCAGGAAUUGAAGGAUGAAGGAAACAGGCUCUUCCAGCGGCGGGAUCACGAAGGGGCGAUGCUCAAGUACGAAAAGGCUCUCAAAUUGCUGCCCAGAAAUCAUAUAGACGUUGCCCAUCUGCGCAGUAAUAUGGCAGGUUGUUAUAUGCAGAUGGGUAUUGGAGAAUUCCCCAGAGCGAUAAACGAAUGUAAUUUGGCUCUUGAAGUUGCCCCUAAGUAUAGCAAGGCUUUACUGAAGAGAGCCAGGUGUUAUGAGGCCCUCAACAGGUUUGAUUUAGCCUUGAGGGAUGUUAAUAGUGUUUUAAGCGUUGAACCCAAUAAUUUGAUGGCCUUGGAGGUUGCAGACAGUGUGAAGAAGGAAAUUGAGGACAGAGGUCUAAAUUUCGAAGACAAACAGAUUGUUCUUCCUCCUCCCGAAUAUGUCAAGGAGACUCCAUUAAAGCCCGUGAAGGAGAAGUCCAAGAAAAAAAAGUCCAACAAGUUGCAGCAAUCUGGCAUUAAGUCCAAGGAGAAAAUUGAGGAGAAGGAGGAAAUUGAGUUGAAGGGUAGUAAAUCUGAGAAGAAAAAAGAAAUUGAGAAAAAGGCGGAUGAUAAGGUGAUCGUGGAGGACAAAGUGAGUGUAAAAGAAGAGAUUUCAGUGGCAAAGACUGUGAAAUUGGUGUUUGGUGAAGACAUAAGAUGGGCUCAGUUACCCCACAGUUGCAAUGUUCGUCUAGUGAGGGAUAUAGUCAAGGAUAGGUUCCCCAACUUGAAAGGUGUUCUAAUCAAAUAUAGGGACAUAGAAGGUGAUCUUGUAACUAUAACAACGACGGAUGAAUUGAGAUUAGCUGAAGCAGCAGGAGAUCAACAAGGUUCUCUGAGAUUCUAUGUUACAGAGGUUAAUCCCGACAAAGAACCGGCAUACGAGGGAAGGACAGAAGAGGAUGAUCAGAAAAUCAUUGACAGCAAAACAGAGAAGAGUGAGGAACUUAGUAAUGAAGUAAUUGACGAUUGGAUUGUCCAGUUCGCUAGGCUGUUCAAGAAUCACGUUGGGUUUGAUUCAGAUUCGUACUUGGACCUUCACGAGCUAGGUAUGAAGCUAUAUUCAGAAGCCAUGGAAGAAACUGUUACAAGUGACGAUGCACAAGAACUGUUCAACAUUGCGGCAGAUAAAUUUCAGGAGAUGGCAGCUUUGGCUUUGUUCAAUUGGGGUAAUGUUUACAUGUCCAGGGCAAGGAAACGGUUGAAUUUGACUGACGAUGGUUCUAAGGAACAAGUACUUUCUCAGGUGAAAACCGCAUAUGAAUGGGCAAAGAAAGAAUAUGUUAAGGCAGGACUAAGAUACGAAGAGGCUUUGAAAGUGAAACCAGAUUUCUACGAAGGACUUCUUGCACUCGCGCAGCAGCAAUUCGAACAAGCAAAGCUUUCUUGGUAUUAUGCAAUUGGGAGUGAAGUCGAUUUUGAAGUGGAAACUGAAUUGGCUUCAGAGAUUAUGGAUCUCUAUAACAAAGCCGAGGAUAACAUGGAGAGAGGAAUGCAAAUGUGGGAGGAAAUGGAGGAACGACGGCUGAAUGGACUGUCGAAAUUUGAUAAAUAUAAAGAUGAGCUUCAAAGGCUGGGAUUGAUUCAGUUACUGAAUGAUAUGUCAGCCGAUGAAGCUGCAGAAAAGGCUUCAAAUAUGAGGUCUCAAAUAUACCUCUUAUGGGGGACUUUGCUAUAUGAACGUUCUGUUGUGGAAUUCAAGCUGAGUCUUCCAACAUGGGAAGAAUGUCUCGAGGUUGCAGUCGAGAAAUUUGAUCUUGCUGGAGCAUCCUCUACUGACAUAGCUGUAAUGAUAAAGAAUCAUUGCUCGAAUGACUCUGCUGUCGAUGGUCUUGGAUUCAAAAUUGACGAGAUAGUACAAGCGUGGAAUGAGAUGUAUGAUGCGAAAAGGUGGCAAACCGGUGUUCCAUCUUUUAGAUUAGAACCGUUGUUUCGCAGGAAGGCUCCAAAACUUCAUUCCAUGUUGGAACAUGUUUGAGAUCUAUCCUAUCAGCUCUACCUGUUUGCUAUGUUUUCAUCAACUAUCAUAGGUUUUUGUUAGUUGGGAGCAAAAAAUGGAGAUUGCUGCCACAUUUGAUUUGGUUUUCAGAUUGGGAGCCAUAUAGGCAUUCUUUUUUCCCUUGUUUUUUUAGGGGAUCUUCUUGGAGAAGUGGUAUUCUUCGAUUACGAUUGGAUGGAGCUUAUUGGUUGUAGAUUUUGAUUUAUAUAUGUGAUUGGUUUUGUAGACUCGAUAUUAAAAUGUUCAUUAAUUGUUGCUAUUAUUAUUUCAUUGUUGUGAGACAGUCAUCUUCAUAUAUAUUAGUUGUUUGUUAAUGAAGUUUACUGUUUCUUUCA